AUGGUCCAAUACAAAAUCACAAACAUCAUUGAUGUCUAUUACAAACUCAAAGUCCAAUUCAAACUUCAAAAUAAAAAUAACAUCAUUGAGUUGCUGGCUGGCUACAUCCCGUCGUGGAGCGGAUCGGAGGUGGGAACGAUGAGACAUAGUGGAGGGCGUCGGCUAGCUGGGUCUCAACGGGAUGGGACUGAGGCUGGUUAG